CCGCAGACUAAGAUCAAGAUUCUAGCUCAGUAGAGGGAGUCGUCCAUGGCGGAAGUUCGAGAAACAAUGUCGGCCAACGGACGCGGUUCAAUCCCUCUCCUCUCUCCUUACAAGAUGGCGAACUUCAAUCUCUCUCACAGAAUUGUUUUGGCGCCAUUGACCAGAUGUAGAUCUUACGGCAACAUGCCGCAGCCGCACGCGGCGGUGUACUACUCUCAACGUACGACCAACGACGGCCUUCUCAUCUCUGAAGCCACUAUUGUAUCUGAAACCGGUCUAGGGUACCCAGAAUCGCCCGGAAUUUGGACAAAGGAACAGGUUGAAGCAUGGAAACCAGUUGUGGAAGCUGUUCACAACAGGGGUGGGAUCUUCUUUUGUCAAAUUUGGCACGCUGGCCGUGCCUCCAACAGUGAGUUGCAGCCCAAUGCUGAAGCUCCAAUCUCGUGUACCGAUAAGGGAAUUACUACUAGUGCUGAUGGAUUUUGGUCACCUCCUCGACAGCUAAGAACCGAUGAAAUCCCACUCAUUGUGAAUGAUUUCAGACUUGCUGCCCGUAAUUCAAUGGAAGCUGGAUUUGACGGGGUUGAGAUCCAUGCAGCCAAUGGGUACUUAAUCGAACAAUUCAUGAAAGAUGGAGUGAAUGACCGGACAGAUGAAUACGGUGGGAGCUUAGAGAACCGGUGUCGCUUUGCACUGGAAAUAGUAGAAGCUGUGGCCAAAGAGAUUGGAUCCGAUAGAAUUGGAAUAAGACUCUCUCCAUUUGCUGAUCAGUUGGAAUGCUCCGACUCCAACCCUGAAGCUCUAGCCAUUUACAUGGCUAAUGCUCUCAACAAAUACAACAUAGUUUAUCUUCACGCUGUCGAGCCGAGAACUCUAAGAUCAGGCGAAUCCUGCAAAACAAGUUACAGUCUUCUUCCCAUGAGGGAAGCUUUCAAGGGAGCUUUCAUGGUUGCUGGUGGGUGUGAUAGAGCUGAAGGUAAGACGGUCAUAGCUGAGAAGAAGGCGGAUUUGGUUGCGUUUGGACGCUUGUUCUUGGCUAACCCGGAUUUGCCAAAGAGGUUUGAACUUGAUGCACCACUCAACAGGUACGAUAGAAGCACUUUCUAUACUCUGGAUCCGGUCGUCGGAUACACAGAUUACCCAUUUCUUGAAUAUGUUCCUGCUAAUUAACUAGCAAGAAUUUGGCAGCUCUUGCAGAGGAUU